GCAUGACACAUUUUCAAAAUGGCUGACAUUGUGGAGUCAGUGUUGCAAUAUUUGGAUAAAAAUGAAUCUGUUGACUCCGUUGAUCUUGCUAUGACGCUGAAGGUCGAUCAUCAGAAAAUUGUUGGAGCUGUGAAGAGUUUACAGUGUCUUGGAGAUAUUAUCAAAGCAGAUCAGAAAACCAACAAAAGCUAUGAGUUAACAGAUGAAGGCAGGCAGGUGGCAGCAAAGGGAAGUCAUGAAGCUCUUGUGUAUCAAGCAAUCCCGCAGGAGGGAAUUCCACAGGCAGAACUUAUGAAAUUGGUGCCCAAUGCCAAAAUAGGUUUCAGUAAAGCGAUGCAGGCAGGAUGGAUCCGCAUGGACAAGGCAGCUGAGGGAGGACCCAGGGUCUUCAAGAAGGCUGAUUUUAUAAAAGACACCAUUCAGGAAUGUCUCAAGAAAAUAGAAAACCUGAGUUUAGACGGUAUAUCUGACAAGGACACAAAUGAUUUCAAAAAGAGAAAACUCAUUCAAGAAAUAAAACUUACAAGCUUUAUUAUAUCAAAAGGUGAGAACUUCACAUGUUCUAUUUCCAAGCAAGAAGUGGAACUGACGCCAGAAAUGAUUUCAAAAGGGACUUGGAAGGAAAAAUCAUUCAAGGAGUAUAACUUCAACUCCCUGGGAGUUAUGCCCCCGUGCGGACAUCUGCAUCCCCUCCUUAAGGUGCGAGCUGAGUACCGACAAAUCUUCCUGGAAAUGGGAUUUACUGAGAUGCCGACCAACAACUUCAUCGAGAGCAGUUUCUGGAAUUUUGACAGUCUGUUCCAGCCACAGCAGCAUCCUGCGAGAGACGCUCAUGAUACAUUCUUCAUCUCUGACCCUGCCAGCGCCCAUGAGUUUCCUAUGGAUUACUUGGAACGGGUGAAGCAGGUCCACUCCAAGGGGGGAUAUGGCUCUCAGGGUUACGGGUAUGAUUGGUCCUUGGAUGAAGCAAAGAAGAAUCUGUUGAGAACGCACACAACGGCGGUGACCGCUAGGAUGUUGUAUAAAGCUGCACAGCAGAAACCCUUCAAACCAGUGAAAUAUUUCUCUAUUGACCGAGUGUUCCGGAAUGAAAACCUUGACGAUACCCACUUGGCAGAGUUCCAUCAGAUAGAGGGCGUUGUUGCUGACUACGGGUUGACCCUUGGUGAUCUUAUUGGAACAAUCAAUGCUUUCUUCAUGAAACUUGGUAUAAAGAACAUCAAAUUCAAGCCAGCAUACAAUCCCUAUACUGAGCCCAGCAUGGAGGUGUUCAGCUACCAUGAAGGUCUGAAGAAACUAGUCGAGAUUGGAAACUCUGGGAUAUUCCGCCCUGAAAUGUUGCUACCUAUGGGGCUACCUGAAAAUGUCACAGCCAUUGCCUGGGGACUCUCUCUAGAAAGACCAACCAUGAUCAAGUAUAAAGUACAAAACAUCCGUGAUCUGAUCGGGCCCAAGGUAGACCUUCAGAUGGUGUAUGACAAUCCUGUAUGCCGACUAGACAAGUGAUCACCCGGCGUCAUAACAUAGAGACAAUGUUUUUUCAUUCAACUAUAUUUAUUAUGUGAAAUUGUUGACCUUGUUUCAGAAUUGAUUAGAUAUGAUAAAGCACAUAUAUCUCUGAAUUAACCUGUGUUUCAGACUUUUUUUCUGACUGAAUAUCGCCAGUAUUGUUAUGCUUUGUUAGGAUGCUAUUUUCAAAAUGUCAAUAAUUAAACAGCAGUUGAUGACCAUGUUCUUAUAUGCUUGGGUUUUAGCAGGGUUUUAAAAAGGACAGGGUGCUGCAGAAAAGGGACAGGGUGCUAAGGGAGAAAAGUGCACAUUUUGUCAGUCUAUGAAGAAUUUGAUCAUUAAAAUUUCACAGAUAAAUUUAGGAAUUAUUCUGUAUUACUUCUUAAUUGAAGUAAAAUUAGGGUUCAACUGCCAAAUAUGUCCAGCUUAUAUGAGUUUAUAAUCAUAUUUUAAGUUUUAAUCAAAACAAGAAAUAUUUGAUUAUCUUGACCAUUUAAUUCUUUAAAGGCAGGAGGGUGCACAUUCUGGUCUCCAUGAGAACAGAAAGGUGCUACCACAAAAGGGCGUGAUGCAGCACCCUCCCAUAACUCUUAUGCUAAAACUCUACAGUACAUGCACACAUAACACUUACAAUAUGAAUGAACUUUCACAUGUUACAUUGUAAAUAUUGUGCAAUAUGUUUGUAUGUAAGUGAGAAGUUAUUGAUGCAAUGAAAACAACAAAACAACAAGACAGAAAAUACUCUUCUGAGUAAAACACAUUUUAAAGGUUGUUAAACCAUUUGAAUUGUACAGAUUGUAGUUAAAUUGAUGAUUGUUUCUUCUUUUUUGAUACAAUGGCAGAUAUAACAUUUUUGAUAACCACUUUGCACAAUAUUAAAAUACACUCUGCUUCAUUGUGUAUUGUUUAAAUAUUUAAAUGGCAAAUCUCAUUUAGUGCAGAGCAACAUGUCUGUGGGGAAUCUUCAGAAUCUUGUUAUUUAGUUCUUAUAUUAAGAUCUGCAUCUUAUGUUAUAUUCUGGUAUCUAAGGCUUAGAAUCCUACUUUAAUAGUAGCUACAUUUUAUCAACUCCCAAGUAUUUAAAAAACAAAAUAUACUGAAAGUAUUCAACAGUACAUGUGUAGUGUUAACAGCUGUGUACCUUGGAUGCAUAUUUGUUGGUGCAUGUACCAUACUUAUGUUUAAGUGCAGAUGAUGAAGGUGCAGGUACCAUAUAAUAUAUCCAAGUGCAGAUGAUGUUGAUGUAGGUUGCAUAUGAUAUGUUCAAUUGUAACAAAUAGGCUAAAUGAUGCUGUGAUUCUUAAAUGUGUACAUGCAUACGGAUUAAUUGUGUCUUAAUCAAACUUGUGUUUCCGACUGUAAUUUAGCAAAGUCAGGAUACUUAUUGCAAUAAAAAAUGGAAAACAAU